AUGCAGAUCUUUUAUCAAGGACUAACCUCAGGUAGUAGAAACAAUGUCAAUGCUGUUUGUGGAGAAGGUCUGAGUGAGAAAGAUCCCGAGGAGUGUUUCAAAACUUUUGAUAGAGUUGCUGCCAACUCUAUGCAGUGGGGAGAUCAUAGAUUCACAAGGAAGACAAGUGUGCAUAGUGUCCAUACAAAUCCUGGAGUUGCUUCAGCAUCUCAAGUAUCUAACUUUGAAAAGAAGCUUGAAAAUUUCAUGCAGUCAAUGACCAGAUUUAUUUCUCCUUCAUCUGUUUGUGCUAUUUGCUAUGAUAAUUCUCAUCCAACUAAUUGUUACCCUUUGAGUGACCUUACGCAGGAGCAGGCUAAUCAAAUAAAUUCAUUUCAAAAGCCACAGCAUGAUCCCUACACCAACACGUAUAACUCGAGAUGGAAGAACCACCCCAAUUUCUCAUGGAGCAACAAAAAUUCGUCUAAGCAACGCAUUUAUCCUCAGCAGAAACCUGCCAAUCCAAAUGAAUAA